AUGUCAGAAACCAACUCUGAGCUCGAAUCGUUCCGACAGAAGUGGCGUGAAGAGGUAUCGGCGAGGGCACAAGGGAGUACGAAGCCCUCAUCUCAAGCUACUUCCUCUCGUAGCGCUUCUAAGGGCUUUCGUCAGACUUCUAAAAUCCAUGUUCCUUCUGCGACGAGACUUUCGAAAAUCGGAGAUGAGGAUGAGGACGAAGAAAUCCCUACAGACCGUACUGGCAAUGCGAGGAGACAGUCCAAUGGCGAAAUGGGAGAAGCUUCGAGUUUGGGAGGCGCUGAACCGCAGUCUGCCCUCGAACACUACGAAAAAGCGGUAGAGCGGGAGAAUGAAGGCAGUCUUGGUGACAGUCUGAAUCUCUAUCGCAAGGCGUUCCGGAUGGACGACGCUGUUGACAAGAAAUACAAGAACAAACAUUUCCCUCCUUCCUCCUUCAUAUCAAAACGUACCGAUACGAAUCCAUCCAAUGCCUCCCCUACUGUGCCAAAUACCGCCCACCACUCCCUAGACGGGCAACCACAAACACUUAAACAGCUCAUCGCUGAGUAUGCUGGGGCAUCUAUUGAACCUGCACCACCAGAGAUUGAAGGAACUCCGGCUCCUCCAUGCCCGGUAUCGAGCCUUCCCGACGAAAUACUGGUGCACAUUUUCACAGACGUAGCGAUUGUUGAUGUGGCUGCGUUUGUGAGGCUUGCACAAGUGUGUAAGAAAAUGGCAUAUCUCGCCCUCACAGAAGAGCAAAUAUGGAAACGAGUAUGUUUGGGGAAUGAGGUAGGGUUUGGAGGGAUGCAUUACCAGUGGCAACGUGAAGUUCUGGGGGGUCCUCUAGAGUCUGAGACCCCGGAGUUACAGCUUGAGCCAGAACUACCAGAAUUGCAGGACCUAACGAUUAAUAAUGUAACUGUCGACGCAGACCUGGCUCCUGUUGAACUGCCCUUGACACCUAUCAGCCGAGAGCAGAUUACCGAAACACUUCUAAUCUCCGCAUACCGCUCCUCAUGGCAAUAUAUGUUCCGGAACCGCCCUCGAAUACGCUUCAACGGAUGUUACAUUAGUACUGUUAACUACAUCAGACCUGGCCAGGCAUCAUCAUCACAACUUACAUGGCAAAGCCCGGUGCAUAUAGUCACUUAUUAUCGCUAUUUACGGUUUUUCCGAGAUGGAACUGUGAUUAGUCUAUUAUCGACGGAUGAGCCUGCUGAUGUUGUUCAUCAACUUACAAAGGAACUUCAAGACGCCCAUCCGGCUGCCGUUGGCCAACAUCCAGUCAAGAAAGGCAGGUGGAGACUUUCAAACUCGAACGAUGACCCCGAUGCGGAUUUGAAAGAUGCGGAAAGGGAUGUCUUCGUCGAGACCGAAGGCGCAACGGAAAAGUACAUGUACAGAAUGCAACUCUCACUUCGUAAUGCUGGUAAAGGCUCUCGCAAUAAGAAAUUGGUUUGGCAAGGGUACUGGAAUUACAACAUGCUAACCGAUGAUACUGGAGUAUUCACCCUUCGAAACGACAAGGCAUUUUUCUUCAGUCGGGUCAAGAGUUAUGGUGCUGGAGCAUAG